GUGGCUGCCGUUUACUGCUGGUCUUUGUAUACUUCUAUUCGGCUGGUGAAUGUUCACCCAGAUAGAGCAGAAGGACCAAGCGGACUCCCAUCAUCAAUGGCGUCUCUUCUCAGUCCGUCGGCCCCUGUUUCCCUCCGUAGCAAGCUGUACCGUAUGCUUUUGCCCUUCGAAAACCAACCAUCGAUUUGCAAUUGGCAAGAAUUGGCCUUUACGCGUGAAUCUCUGUAAUGUUAGUGCUCUGUCUGCCCCUCUGCCACAAGCUAGAGUCUUCCCGAAAGACGGAAGAGGAAGGAGUGGUUUCGUGUUGAAAGCUCAGGCGUCUGUUGAAGGGGACACACUGAUGAAGGAAGCAGAAUCUGUUAGUAGUACCAAAAAUGAUAUUGGGGUCCUCUGUCUUCAUCACGUCGGGAUUCUGUGCGAGAAUCUCGAAAGAUCACUUGAUUUCUAUCAGAAUCUGCUCGGUCUCGAAAUAAAUGAGGCGCGUCCAAACGAGAAGCUCCCAUAUCGGGGUGCUUGGCUUUGGGUGGGUAACGAGAUGAUUCAUCUAAUGGAGCUACCGAAUCCCGACCCCUUAACUGGAAGACCUCAACAUGGGGGCUUGGAUCGUCACACUUGUAUUGCCAUUAAAGAUGUGUAUAAGCUGAAAGCUAUUCUUGAUAAAGCAGGGAUCCCAUACACGAUGAGCCGAUCAGGAAGGGCAGCGCUCUUUACCCGUGACCCCGAUGCAAAUGCUCUCGAGUUUGUGCAGGUCGAUAGCUAGAAAUUUUCCGUAGCAAAGCACAUGUAUACAUCCUCAUAUAGUGAAGGUCAUAUUGCAGUAGUUCGUGUAGCUCUUGACCUAUAAUGUUACAAAUAUUUGUACAUAAUUCUAUCUGCUAGUUGCGGUUCCAAGACGUAAAAUCGAGUUUCACAUAAAUAAUGGAAUCUCGCCUUAAUCGUACA